AUGAUGCUAGUCAGAUCAGUGAUUAUUGUGCUGUUGGGCUUGUGUACGUGCUACGGUCAAAAUGCCGAAGACUACAACGAGGGUAACGACCAAUCGGCGGUAGUGUCGGCGCGUAAAAGUCAAGCUGAUGUAUCUAUACUCAAACAAAUCCACAGACACAAUGAAGACGGAUCGUACACUUACGGGUACGAAGGAUCAGACGGAUCGUUCAAGAUCGAAACCAAGACGGUGACGGGCGAGGUGAACGGCAAGUACGGUUACGUGGACGACUCGGGCAAGUUGCGCGUCGUCGAGUACGGUGCCAACAAGUACGGGUUCCAGCCGUCGGGCGAGGGCAUAACCGUACCGUCACCCACGCUGGUGGAGUUGCGACCGGAAGAGGACGAAGAUGACGAGGAACCAGCUGCACCGGUGCCGGCCAAGAGACCGUCGCCCGCGAAACCCACGAAACCGCUGUUCCGGAACAACAACAACAACAACAACAGGCCUGAAUCGAACGCCGGGUUCGUGCGGCCACAACAACCACAAAUGAAGCCGAUAUCGGUCGCUUCCGAUUUUGACGACGGUGAGUGGACGGCGCAACCAGUGAGCCGACCGCAACAGCCAGCCCCGUCUCACCGGCCGGCGCCACGUCCGAACAAGCCCGCUCCGCCGGUGUCCGGUUCGUUCAGGGCCGUUCCGGUAGAGGAGCCAUCGGUCUCGGGUCCGUCCGGGUCGUUCGAGUCCGUCCAGAACUUUGGCGGUAGGCGGCCGACCGGAAACGGACGUGCGGCCCACGCCUCCUCCUCCGUCGAUAACUCGUACCAGACGUUCGAGGAACACCAAGAACCGAUGACGGAACCACCGACGUUUUACCAACCGGUCGCCAAACCCGCGGCCAAGCGCACCAGGCCCGCAGCCGCUCAGCUGUCCACCAACUACCGCACGGCGCCCAGACAGAUGCGCACCAGUGGCGUUCUCGACCAGCUGGCCGAACAGUACGCGCUUCCCGAGUCCCGGUCGCCCGUGGCUCACGACUUUUCGUUCGGAUCGGACUCUUGA